UCUACUGGGCCUUACCAAUAUGCGAAUAAACAGUCAGAAUCGAGACUUCAUUGGAUCCGGUUCUGCAAAACUGCUGUACAAUACUUAUAUUAAACGGCGGUUUUUAUUGAUAGAUGAAUAAACCAGUCAUGUAUCGUUUGCUUAUGUCUGUUUCUAUGUUGAGUGUGGUUAUUCCCGCACUGUUCGGAAACCAAGCUGGAAUUCUACUGGAUUAUAGGAAUUCUUAUCUUUCCUAUGAACAAAAAGGACUCGACAUAUGCCCUUUCACCUACUUUCAAGAAUCUUGCACCGAUUUCGCUCACGUGGUAAUCAUAGAGCCAUCCGUUAAAAAUGAUAACGACUCACAUGCUGUUUGCAUUGGAACUUUAAUCAGUGAGCAGUUCAUUCUAACAACCGCAAGCUGUGUUUCGACUAAAAAAUCUGGAACAUUGGUUCUACAAAUAAAAACAGACGAAGACAUUGCUGUUGAUUCCAUAUAUCUUCAUCCAGAUUAUAAGCUGUCGGAAGAUCAAGGACCAUCUAUAAACGACUUAGCGAUCGUUAAGUUAAAUUCAUCUCACAGCUUUAAUGAAAAUGUGGCAGCUAGCUGUUUGUGGGAUUCAGAGUCACUCGACAUGUACACAAAGGUACAGGAAAUUGAUUUUGAUCAAACAAUUAAAAGAUUGGAACAAAAUACAACAGUUUGCUCCGGAACAGCUAAAAAUGAUUGUCUUGAAGCAGUACUGAAACAUUGGUGUCAGAGGAAAUCAUCUUCCGGCAUUUUGCAAAUCAGAGAACUGGGGAAAUACAGAAUGCAUGCAAUGAUAGCAAGUUUCGGUUGUGAUAAGAACAAACACAUCGUUCCAAUUUCUAACUACUUGCCAUGGAUCAGAGAAGUCACAAAAAAUACUCAGAUUGAAUAUAAUUUCACAGACAUCGGUUUAGGCGAAAAAUGCUUCAAGAACGAUGGCACAAACGGAGUAUGUCUACCAACCAACCAGUGUCCUCAAAUUCAUGAAAAUUUUAAAGCCCUUUGGAAGAACAAUUCAAUCAGUACAUGUGGCUUCGAAGGAGAAGAAGCAUUAACAUGCUGUGCAACUGAAGAUAUGAAGAUUGGACCAGGUACGGAAGCCAUGUUACGUGAUAUUGUUCAAGAGAUUGAGAACUGUGAAUUGCUUUACGAUGAGUUCAGACGAACUCCUGAAGAGCACCAGCUGUAUUCUCAAGUUGCUAUUAUUGAUUUGUACAAUUCUAUCAACUGCAGUGCAACACUUAUUUCAACGCGUUAUUUACUCACAUCUGCACAGUGCGUCCUAGAUAUUGAUAUUCAUCAUUCGUCCAUUUGGCUUGGUGUGGGAGUCCAGGAAGAAUCUGUUGCACAGAAAAAUUCCAUUCAAUCAACCUUCCCACAUCCCAAAUUCCAUCCUAAAUCAAAACACUACAAUAUAGCCGUAAUCAUGCUUAAAUACCCAGUACUGAUCCAAUCAUUUAGCGUACCGGCUUGUUUAUGGUUUGAAAAGUCCAAAAUACCUACAAAUCUAGAGGCUGUCAGUUUGCAAGGCAAUGAACGAGUUUUCUCUGUAUUGGCUACCAGUCCGAUGUACUACAGUGAUUGCCGCCGACUACAUAAUUCUCAACUUAUUACUUCUGAGAUGUGUGUUCAGUAUCUAGCCCACUCAAUGUGUAAUUCUGUCGAAAAGGAGGAUUUGUGUCAAAAUCCAGGAAGUGGAUUGUAUUCUAACCUUUACUAUGGCGAAGAUAUGAAACCAGUAACAUACGUAGUCGGAAUUUUCAACCAAGGACACAUGUGCAACAAAAACGGACCUGCGAUGUAUACUCGAGUAAGUGAGUAUUAUCAGUGGAUAAAAAGUGUAAUUUAUCUCAGUUCUCAAAAAAUGAAAUAAAAGUCAUUUUCUUAUGAAUUGGACGAAAAUUAAAA